UUCCGGCAGGUCACGGGGUUGUAGAACAGCCGUCCUCCCUCUCUUCUUUCCGUAUUGCGUGUUAUUUAUUAUCGGUACCAGGUAUAGCUUGUUUAUUAACUGGUUUUACCUUGAAAAGGAAAAUAAGAAAAGGGCACUGUCAUCUUGUUUUCAUGUGAAUAGUGUCGGAGUGUGCGCGGAUUCAGGAAAAGAGAAACGAAGGAAGAGCGUCUCCGUUGUGUCGCCCUGGCUUCCUUUGUCAUCUCGACUUCCGCUUCAGUCUGCGAUUAGCUAGCCAGGCUAGAGCUGCAAAUAUUUACACUCAUGCUAACCUAUCGGGAUUCGUUCAUUAAAAAACCAUACGCUCCUCAGUCAGUAUACAUUUAAUCUUACAACAAGGGGAUACGUCGGCGUAGCUUUUUCAUAAGAUAACUGGAGAAAUAACGCACAAAUUUGGAGAUUGAGCAUUAGUAAAGCGGUCGGGCUCGUUAGCUGUUUUGGUGGGGUACGUGCUCGGCAGACCCUCAUCUGGAUCCUGUCAGUUUCUUUUUUAAAUUGCGUUUUUGUCGUGUUUAUUUAUGGUCAGCUAACGGCGCAAUCAGAUUCAUGUGUGACGUGCGAUCCGGUCAAUAAACUAGAUUUAAACUGACCUUCAUUGGGUUGCUAACUAUUUAAACGAGCUGACCUGCGAUUUGUUGCUCUUUUGUUAGUCACGGUGCUUAUAUCUGUAUGUAUUUCCUGCGGGGGUCUUCGUAAUUCACCCUGCUGAUUAUAUAUCACUCGGUUUCUGCGUGAUCGUACCUUUAUGUAACUUAUUGUUUAAAGGGAAGAAGCGAAACUGAACAAACUUCGAAAAAAAUGUUUCGGUAUUUGAGUGACGUGGACGAAAACCCAUUCAUGAUGGAUCCGUUUGCGGCCCACAGACGGCAGAUGCGGAGUUUGUUUGGGUCGUUCGGCUUCGAGCCGUUUCCCCUCGCCCCCCAGAUUCAACCACCUCGUGCCCCUCACCUCCAGGCUGGUGCACUGGCCCCCUUUGGGAUGCUGGGAAUGGGAGGCGGAUUCACAGACAUGUUUGGGAUGAUGGAUGGAAUGAUGGGGAACAUGGAGCGGUUGUCAGGGACUCCCAGCUGCCAGACCUUCUCUUCCUCCACAGUCAUAUCCUACUCCUCUACAGACUCUGGAGUGCCUAAAGUCUACCAGCAGACCAGUGAGCUCAGGACCGCACCCGGAGGGAUAAGGGAGACACGUCAAACCAUGCGGGACAGCGAGAGUGGGUUGGAGCGCAUGGCCAUUGGACACCACAUCGGAGAACGAGGUCACGUGAUGGAGCGCUCGCGCAACCGCAAUACCGGCGAUCACGAGGAGCGGCAGGACUUCAUCAACCUGGAGGAGUGUGAGGCCGCGGCCUUUGACGAGGAGUGGAGACGGGAGACAUUGAGGUAUCCGCACCCCAGCGUUCGUGGCUUGGACUACGGCAGGGACAGGAGGGCGGGGGCCAGGCAGCAUCUGGCCAUUACUGGCCCCUCCAGCUCUUCCUCACCAGGCUCUCACCACGACUCUCCACGACACCCCUCAUCCAGCAGCCGCCCGCGCUGUGACUGGUGAACGUGGGACAGGCGAAGUGAAAAGCGUUAAAUGGGAUCAGGUGAUGCUGUGAAUGCAUAACCAGGGACGCGUUAAGGAACUUCCUGAUGUUUAAGAUGUUUGAUAUAACUGGGCUGUUUAUACAUAUAAACUAUGCGUAUCCUCCACCUAGCACACACGCUUACGGUUAACAGAACAACGCGACAUUUGACAUGCAUCCAAACACGUAUGCCACUCACACGUUUUGUAUAUAGACACUGGCACUAUACAUUAAUGCUAUGCGGUACACUGUACAGUGCAUAUAUGUUUGUGUAAGGUAGUAGUGUGUGUGGGUUGAAUUGUACACCAUUGAUGAAACUACAUAAUAAAAUUCAUUGAUAAUCA